UAAUAAUAAUAUAGCUUAUUUUUUUAAGUUUUAUUAAAUAUACAUAUGAGAGCAUAUUUUGAUGGAUAUUAUUAAUUAUUUUCUCGAAACUGAUAACACAAAUAUCUGUCGAAUAUGUUUAGGAAACGCGAAACAUGCAAAAUAUUUAUUUUCCGAAGAAGAAGAGUCGAAAAAUAUAUUAAAUAAGAUAUACAUUUGUUUUCAAUUAAGCUUAAAUUAUGAAAAAUACUUUCCCAUAGUUAUUUGUGAAAUUUGUAUAGAAGAAUUAAAUGUCGCAUAUAGUUUUCGUCAAAAAUGUAUUACCUUUGAAAAACGAUUCUCAUUAUUUUAUCGAAAAGUGACAGAAAAAUGUAAUUUAAAUAAUCAAAAAGUUGAAACUGAAGACAUAAAAGACUUAACCAUUAUCGAGAGUCCAAUUUUACUGCCAGAUAAAUAUAAGGAUGCUCAAAUAAAAUCAUCAGAUACAAAAAUCGAACAUAAUGAAAUAAAUAUUACCAUUCAAGAGAAGAGGCUACAUAUAUGUUCAAUCUGCAAUAAAACACUCAAAACUAGCACAUCAUUACUAAAGCAUAAAUAUUCAAUGCAUCAAAAGAGAAAACAUCUAGGUAAAGUCACGGGAUUUGGAGUUGAUCGCCGAUAUCAUUGUCCUAAAUGUUUAUAUAGUACGCCUCACAGUCAAACUUUGGUAAAUCACAUGAGAAGACACAAUGGAGAUCGCCCAUACCACUGUGAGUGUGGCAAAAGCUUUACUCAAUCUUCGAGUUUAACUGCUCAUCGUAAAACUCACACUAACAUUGCAGAUUAUACUUGUGCAAUAUGUGGAAAACAGUUUAAACAUGCUUUUUCACUCAAAAAGCAUUUAGACGUUCACCAAACAGGAAAAUAUUCAUGUGAUAUAUGCCAUAAAGAAUUGAAAUCUAGACAAUCCUUACAAGACCACAUGUAUCGCCACUAUAACAUUCGAAAUUACAACUGUGAAGAUUGUGGUGAUACCUUUGUAACUUGCUCUGAACUACUUAACCACAAAAAAAGACAUAGCAGCAUUAAAAAAGUUGAGUGCCAUUUAUGUGGUUACAAAACACAUACAAAAAAGAAUUUAAUUAUCCAUCUUAAGAGACACGCUGGAGAUAAAUCCUACAAAUGUGAUAAUUGUCACAUGUGUUUUUUUACUAAUGGUGACCUGCAGAGACACAAACGUGUCCACACCAGAGAUAAGCCUUUCCCCUGCCCUUCUUGUGCUCAAAGGUUUACACAUAGUACUAGUCUGAACAAGCAUAUGAAAGCUGUACAUGGUAUAGACUGCAAAUGGGCAGAUAUUAAGUCCAAACAAACUCAAAAAAAAAACCUAACUGUUGAAAAUUCAUAAUAAAUUGUUUUGAAGAGCAAAUUAAAAGAAAAAAUGUU